AUGGCGACCAAGCCCGUGAAGUCCCUGGAGUCCGAGGAGCAGCGCCUCCAUCGGAUCAGGAUCACCCUGAGCAGCCGAGAUGUGCGAGCUCUUGAGAAGGUCUGCUGUGACCUGGUGACAGGAGCCAAGGCCAAGGACUUGAAGGUGGCUGGCCCCAUUCGUCUCCCAACGAAGAUCUUGCGUUUGAUGGUUCGGAAGUCGCCGUGCGGAGAAGGUACCAACACCUUCGACCGUUGGGAGAUGCGUAUCCACAAGAGGCUCAUCGACUUGCACUCUCCCUCCGAUGUGGUGAAGCAGAUUACCUCCAUCUCCAUCGAGCCUGGUGUCGAAGUGGAGGUGACCAUCGCGGACCUCUGA